AUGGGCAAUCAUCAGAGUAAUGAAGUUAAUCCAGAAAUCUUGACAUCACUCCGAGAUCUUGGGAGCAAACUCCAGAAUUACGACGAUACUGAAACCAAAACGCUGGGGGACCUCGUAUGCAAUCUCACGAAGGCUCCUUCCACGCUUCUCGAAGCCCGUCCAAAACUUGUAAAAUUAUUCCAAGCGGAGUACGAAAGGCAAACAACAAAUUCAUUUGAGGAUGUCAAAGCGUGGUUGGGAACGAUAAAGCAUAACAAUCAAGCCCUCUCUCCACACGAAAUCGAUCUAAUAGCGCCAAUGCUACGAGCAUGGAGACUGAACGAGGAACAAGCAACCUCGAGACUCCGGGACGCUUCCCAAUGGAUUAAAGACCCUUCCACUUUCUGGGGCGUUACACCGCAGACCAGUCUCAAGAGCAACAUGGAUGUCGUCCCGCAUUGUCUGCGGUAUGACGAAGACUAUCUUCGAAGUGACGACACACUGCUAAGGCUACGCCGCCGAGUAGUAAGGGAGAUCAUCUGUCUGAGUACGACAUAUGAACAGGUCCGCGUCACGGGGUUUACGGGGGGUAUAAAACUUGUCACGGAAGCGAUUGCUGCCCACAAAAACAUUGAUACAAAUAAGCGGAACGCGCUGUACCAGGAGGUGAAGAGAUGCACAACGGCAGGACGUAGAUGGCUUUUGCUAGGACAUGGAGUCUCACUUGGAAUUCAUAAAAAUGUGGUUGACUUUGAGAGAAACCCUAUAACCGAAGUUGAAUUUGAUGCUGCGCAACAGUACUGUAGGCAACUUGACUUAUUCAAAGGCAAUAUCCUUUCAACUGCCUGGAACGCUAUUGUCAAUUGGUUUUUGCAGAGUUUAUACAAAGAAAUUGUCUGCGAUGGCGUUUUGUUACGGCUCAAAUGCGAUUUGAGGCGCGAACUGAGGACCAAUGAAGAGACCACUGAAAAGGAGACUACUGCAAAGAAUGCCUCUGGAAAGCAGACUACUGAAAAGGAGACCGCUUCAAAGAAGGUCUCUGGAAAGAUGACCACUGAAAAGGAGACCACUGAAAAGGAGACUACUGCAAAGAAGACCGCUAGAAAGAAGACCGCUGCAAACAAGACCGCUAGAAAGAAGACCGCUGCAAAAAAGACCGCUGGAAAGAAGACCGCUGGAAAGAAGACCGCUGGAAAGAAGCCCACAGCGAUAGGAACAACGAUUGCCUUAAGUGCUCACGACGAAAGCGACAACACUGGCAUGUUUGACAAUGUUUCCGAAAUCCAUCAUACACAACCAAGUUGCCAUGAACUCAUCGAUCGCCAGCCCAAGCGUCGCCGCCUUAAUGGCGUAGAGCUCGUUGCAUCGGGCAAUUCGAUGGAUCUUAACAACUUCACGCAAAACGCAAUCUCGGAGACAUGUUCAAGGCGACACCAAUCAAGUACAGGCGAGGGCUCUCCCUCGGAUGCCAACUCGAACGCGGGCAACGUGACUCCAGAGGAGCAGAUGGACGACGCCGGCGCGGAGGACAUUGAAGAACUCAGACCCCUUGAAUCAAGUGCGUUCGCCGGCUGCGAGGAACAAAUUUCGGGGGAUUAUGCUGGCGUUCGAGAUGAACUUGGGUCGACCGCUCAGGAGCUCAUGGCGGAUGAAUCCUGUCCCGGAAACGACGUCCCUGGGAUGCUGAUGGACUUUGAACAUGAAUACGGAGGCUUGGACAUAUCUUUGUCUCGAAAUAACAAUCCAGGAUCCUCCAAUGUCUGUCCUGGUCAAUUUGCAAACAACAUAACGGGGGCAUCUAUCAACGACACUCUACCGGCACAACCGGUUGACUUCGAUCCACCAUCAGAAACCAGUUUUAUGCUUCCUGUCGAAACUGACUAUGGCACUAUGAUGGGCUUUGAUUUCACUCCAUUCGCAGAUGCAGACACGAACUUCAUGCAUGCCUUAGAUGAAGCGGACACAUGGGAGCUGGGGUUUCCGAAUUAUGACUGA